AUGGAGGAUGAGGACGAGGCUCUCCCCAUCUGUCAGACCGGGGAUGUCCUAAGUGCAAGAUAUGAGGUUGUUGGUUUCUUGGGUGAAGGCACUUUUGGACAAGUAGUGCAAUGCACCGAUCACCAAGACAAUGGCAGGAACGUGGCUGUGAAAAUAGUCAAAGACACUGUUGCGCACUCCGAGGCAGCUUAUGCAGAGGUGCAAGUGCUGGACUCUUUAAAGGCACUGGACCCCAGCAGCACACAGCACUGUGUCCAGAUGUUAGACUGGUUCGAGUACCAGGGCCAUGUCUGCAUCGUUUUUGAGCUGCUAGGGCCCAGCACUUACACCUUCCUCAAAGAGAAUUGCUCUCUGCCCUUCAGGCUGGAACACAUCAGGCGCAUGGCCUAUCAGAUCUGCAAAGCUGUCAGCUUUUUGCAUGUGAACAAGUUGACGCACACAGAUCUGAAGCCAGAAAACAUCUUACUCGCCUCCUCCGACUAUACAGAGGAGUACAACUCCAGCCUAAAGUGUGUGGUGCGCAGACUGAAACGCCCAGACAUCAAAGUGGCGGACUUCGGGAGCACGGUGCUUGUCCAUGAGCCUUGCUGCUAUCCGGUCACUACAAGACCUUACAGAGCUCCUGAAGUCAUCCUAGCCCUGGGAUGGUCACAGCCGUGUGACGUUUGGAGCAUCGGAUGCAUUCUCCUUGAGUACUACCUUGGAUUCCAAGUAUUUGAGGCCCAUGAAGACAUAGAACACCUGGCAAGGAUGGAGCAAAUCCUGGGGCCUCUGCCAAAGCACAUGAUCAAGAAAACCAGGAGAGGCGACUAUUUCCAUCGUGGCCAGCUGGCAUGGGACCAACACAGCUUUGUUGGGCGCUACAUCUCAUGGCACUGUAAGCCACUGAAGGCGUUCAUGACCUGCAGCAGCGAUGAGCACUGCCACCUGUUCGACCUGAUAGAAAAGAUGCUGCAGUAUGACCCAGCCAAGCGCAUCACUUUGGAAGAAGCCCUCAAACAUCCUUUCUUCUGCCCCCUGCAAAGGGAAAAAAGGGCACUGCCUCCUGGAGCUGAGGGGGCUGAUACAGCUGUCAGUCCCCCAAAGAAGAGCAGAAGAUGCUGA